CGUCAUACCGAUCUGAGACGAGCCGGGCUCGUCCGACGAUUGAUCCCGUCGCCACGGAGCCCCGCCGCCGUCUCCGGCGCCGCGGCGGUCUCUGUUGUGACCCGGUUGCCGGGGAGACGGGCGUCACCAGUCAGCCGGAUGAGCUGUCUCGCUGAGAGAGGGACGUCGAUAGAGCGCGGCCGGCGGGCAGCCGGGCAACAGAAGCAGGGGACACAUCGGACCAUUCAUGACAGAAGAUAAGAACAUGAAAGCAACGUCAUCUACACAAGUGUUGGAUCGGUAUUGAUUCGCAAAUUUGAAAUAAAUGCGUGCUACCAAAGGUACCACAGAUGUUUCCUUCAGUUAUACGCUAAGUUCCUAAUAUCUUAUCUCUAAUCUGUCCUAGCCUUGAGUCCACCAUCUUCGACCUUCCAGCGUCCACCGUCCACCGCCCGCUCCGUCGCCGCUCGCUCUGAUGCGUCCGUCCAUCGUGGUGACCGGGGACGCCAUGCAGAGCCUACACAGCCGGGUCAACGACGCCUUCCUGGCCGACGAGGCCGACGACGAGUGGCCCACCGGCGGCAUGGACAGCCCCACCUUCAGCCUGGACGAUGAGUGCGUCUCGCCGCCGCUGGCCAACCAGGUUGGUGGUUGGAGCUCUGGCUACAUGAGCACGGGACCUACAGAGCCACCGCCCAUCGGCGACAACUCCAGUUUGUUCGUGCCACGAAUACGCGUCGGGGGACGGCCGGCGGUGGGCUCUGUCGGCUCCACCAUGCAGACCGUUGUUGCUGAUCAGGUACGCAAUCUGGUGCGACGGUUCACGAUGCGCACCAACCGAGUCAAGUCGGCGCUCCAGGAGUCACCCAGCUCCUCGUUCGACGACGAGAGUCAGGACGAGGACACGGUGGAGCCUCCCACUCUGCAGGUGCCCCAACCCGUGGAGAGCCUGCCCUCCGGUCCCGACACAGGCCCGCCGCCUCCCGGGGAGUAUCUGGAGCCUCCGACACCGACCACCAAACGGACGGUCAGCUGCUGCGCCCCGUUCGUCUGCUUCAGAGACUACUGUGUCAACCGCGCCAUCAACCCGCAGGGAGUGUUGUACCUGAUCUGGUUGUCCAUUAUAUCAGCGUUUUUCACCUACAACAGCUGGGCUAUUCCGCUACGCGCUGCGUUUCCGUUUCACACGCCAGAGACGUCCAAGUACUGGUACACAUUUGACUACAUGGGAGACUUGCUGUACCUGCUGGAUAUCAUCCUAUUCAAGUCACGGGUUAUGUUCGUGAGGAACGGCUUCUGGGUGAAGAAUCCUCCGGAGAUCAGGCAGCACUACGCGUCACAGCCGAUAUUCUUCUUGGACGUUCUUUCUCUGGUUCCGUUCGACAUAUUCUACUUUUCCUACGGUCACCAGCCUCUGCUGCGUCUCAACAGACUUUUGAAGAUCCAGACGUACUGGAAGUUCAUGGACCGGGUGGACGCGCUGCUGGCGAUGCCACACUACGUGCGCACCAUCCGCACCGUCAUCUACAUGCUGCUGUUGAUUCACGUCAACGCGUGCGCCUACUACGCCGUCAGCGUCUGGGAAGGCAUCGCCACCAACGGCUGGGUGUUCGACGGCGUCGGAAAUCCGUAUGUGCGCUGUUUCUACUUUGCAACAAAGACGGCCACCUCGAUCGGGAAGAACCCGAAGCCUACCAAUGAGUUUGAAUACGUGUUCAUGACGGGAAGCUGGCUGAUGGGAGUGUUUGUAUUCGCCCUGCUUAUUGGCCAGAUUCGUGACAUCGUGGCCAAGAUCACGCGGUCGCAGGAUGAGUUCCGCCAGAUCAUGGACAGCACCAUCCACUACAUGCAGCACCUGAACCUGCCGCCGGAGCUGCAGCAGCGCGUCAGGACCUGGAUGCACUACACCUGGAGGCAGCAGAAGUCACUCGACGAGCUCAAGGCCUUGGAGGUGCUGCCACACAAGAUGCAGACGGACAUAGCUCUGUCGGUCCACUCUGACACUCUAAAGAAGGUGCAUCUCUUCCAGAACUGCGACGAAGCACUUCUGCGCGACCUAGUGCUCAAACUGAAACCGAUCAACUUUCUUCCCGGCGAUUAUGUCUGCAAAAAGGGCGAGGUCGGUCGGGAGAUGUAUAUCGUCAAGUCGGGCCACGUGAUGGUGAUGUCUGGCCGAACCGUGCUGGCCACCCUGCACCAGGGCAGCGUGUUCGGAGAAAUCAGUCUGCUGGGACUGGACGGACUCAGCCGGCGCACCGCAGACGUCAGGUCUCGUGGAUACUCCACGUUGUUUGCUCUAAACAAAACUGAUCUUCAGGAGUCUAUGAGAUACUACCCCGACGCACAGGAACUUCUAAGGAAGCGAGCGAAAACUCUGAUAAAGAAAAAUGAAGCCAUGGACAAGGGAAAACAUGUUGAAGAAGACGAUGAUGUCAUAAUCAAGAGGCGACCUUCAACUCCAAAGCUGCUGCAGGCAGUUCUUCAGGUGGUGGACCCCAGCUCGAUGACGGCCUCGAUGCUGGGCACCCGCGGGGUGCGCGGGGCGUGCUCCCAGAUGGAGCUCCGAGUGCCGAGCAGUCUCUCGGCAAGCCGGUACUCGCCCAUGUCGCUGCCGCCUCAGCUGGAGAACGCGCAGCCCUCGUUCAGCGUGGAGACGUCCGACUCACUCACUGAAGAGGAUGAGAUUCUGAUGGAGGCCAGAAACUCCCACCCGGGCGGCGGUGUGCGCCGUUUGAUACGCAGCUCUAUCAGCGAGGACCGGGAUGACGGCGUCAUCAUCACCAAGUCACUGCGCAACUGGGCGGCCGCUUCACUCGAGACGGGCGGCUCUCUGUCGCUGGACAGCGACUGGGGCCGCCGGCUGAGCCGACAGGCGGCCAUCCAGGCCGACUCCGAGUCGGUCACCGGCCACGUGCACCAGUACGCCGCCAGUCGGGCCGGCUCGCCGCCGUCCACCACCUCGCCGUCCUCGGUGCGCACCGUGGCGCCCUCGGCACCCACCCCGGCCCUGGGCUCCGGCUCGAGGACGCCCGCCUCCGUCAGCCGGUCUUCCAGCUGGAGGAACCACCGUGUCUCGGCGCAGGGCUCGGUGAUCCGCUGUUCGGCUAUGAUACACCGGGAGAGAACGCCCACCUCGCCGGCCGCUGAGGCCGUCGGCACCGCUUCCCCGCGCCAGAGGUACUAGGCUACUCCGGGGCUGCCCCUAAGAGAGCGUACUAGAAGGGACAAACAGCGGCUGCCGAAGCUACCUCCCAAAGAGAUUCGUGUGUCAUGAGGCAUUUGCGUUCGUGAUCACCGCUGUUGCCCCGAAAUAUUUUUGGAUGCUCGAUGAAAACAAGGUAGAUUUAAUUAAUGUUGCCAUUUGCUGAGCCAAGUGUCACGAUUUUUUUUUGUCAGCAUUUAUAUGGUCAGUCAACAAGUGUCAGCAAUUAUUUAUCCAAGUGUCACGAUUGACUGUAAAAUACAAGCACCAUUGAAUGGAU